UGUGGGGCGCGGCUGCAGGAAAGCGGAGCGGAGGAUGGCUGUCGGGGGCAGCCGGCGAGGGGACCGGAGCCGAGCGGGGCUUCUCGUGCUGAUCGUGGCGGUGCUGCAGGCGGCGUGUCCGGCUGAGGCGCUGGAAAACGGGCUGGCGCGGACGCCGCCCAUGGGGUGGCUGCACUGGGAGCGCUUUCUGUGCCAGAUCGACUGCUCUCACGACCCCCGCCAGUGCAUCAGUGAAAAAUUGUUCAUGCAGAUGGCUGAUCUGAUGGUGUCCGAAGGCUGGAGAGAUGUGGGGUACCAGUACCUAUGCAUCGACGAUUGCUGGAUGGCUCCCAGCCGUGACGAGCAGGGCCGGCUGCAGCCGGACCCAAAACGUUUCCCCAGCGGGAUCGCCAAAUUAGCAGACUAUGUCCACUCCAAAGGGCUGAAGCUGGGCAUUUAUGCAGAUGUUGGGAACAAAACCUGUGCUGGCUUUCCUGGCAGUUAUGGUUACUAUGAGCUGGACGCCCAAACCUUCGCCAGCUGGGGGGUGGACCUGCUCAAGUUCGACGGCUGUAAUUGUAACACGCUGGAGCUACUGGCAGAAGGUUACAAGACCAUGUCCCGGGCGUUGAAUAAAACUGGCAGAAGCAUUGUAUAUUCCUGUGAGUGGCCGCUGUAUCAAAGGAUUUUGCAAAAGCCCAACUACACCGAGAUAAAACAGUACUGUAAUUACUGGAGGAAUUUUGCUGACAUCUAUGAUGCCUGGAACAGCGUCAAGAAUGUUCUCGACUGGACCUCUCAUAAUCAGGAAGACAUCACUGACGUUGCUGGGCCGGGGGGCUGGAACGACCCAGACAUGCUGGUGAUAGGAAAUUUUGGACUGAGUUGGGACCAGCAAAUCACACAGAUGGCACUCUGGGCCAUGAUGGCAGCUCCGCUCCUUAUGUCCAACGACUUGCGCCACAUUAGUUCGGCAUCCAAGGCCCUGCUCCAAAACAAGGAAGUGAUUGCCAUCAACCAGGAUUCACUGGGCAAGCAGGGAUACCAAAUUACCGAGGAGGACGGUUUUGAAUUGUGGGAGAGGCCUCUUUCCGGUGGCGCUUAUGCCAUAGCCAUAGUGAACCGUCAGGAGAUCGGUGGGCCUCAAACUUACAAGUUUUCUCUCGCGUUCCUCGGAAGUGGGUUGGCCUGUAACCCUGCUUGUUCUGUUCAGCAGAUCCUUCCCACCAGCAGAAAUCUGGGGCUACAAAACUGGGUAUCGUUCUUGAAAGUACUCGUGAACCCAACAGGUACAGUCUUGCUGAAGACUGUGGUGAUCUGAGGAGAAGCUGGUUGUCAGUGGCAUGUGCUCUCUGGGUAUCUUCUCUUUGGAAGAACCGUUCCUAAACUUCCAGCAGAACUGCAAGUGACCUUCCUAGGACUGAAGCUUUCCCUAAGCCUUGCAAUUGUUCAACCUCAAGAUUGUAAAGGAAUAGUAUCUCUUUGUGACAUAGUUUUCUUCCUGUGUUCCCCCUAAAAAAAAAAAAUUCUGUAAAGAAUGCAAGAGUGUGAUACGUUGAGAGGCAAGGGACCCUACUCAAAAUCUGUGGUACAUGAACCUGAGAGGAAGAGCAGGUAUUGGAGCUGAGCAUUAACUGAAGGUGCUUAUCCACUUGCAAUGUGCCCUCCCGCUAGCUGUGGCUCGUCUAAACUAUACCUUUUCUCACAAAAAGAAAGAACCUCAAUGCUGAAGUAAUCCGCAGUCACUCCCUGGACCUUUUUUGCUGUGGGAUGCUUUGCUGCGAUCCUACUGGCCCAGUUCUCCGCCCCAGAUAAUACCAAGGCGCGUGUGUGUGUGUGUGUGUGUGGAGGGGGGGGGGUUAGGAGACAACGAAUGCCCCAGUCUCCACAAACACAUCAAAGCAUACAAUCGUUCAACAAUUUAUGUAAAUUUGGCAAGUGGGCAUGAGAUUUCAUAUUCUUGGUUCCUGCCAAGGUUUAAAAAGGUAUAACCGUCAUGUGCACCAUCUGGAUUCUUGUAAGCAGAGUAUCUAAACCCAAACUAUAAGGGUUUGACCCAUAGCAUCUUCAUGGUAAAACCAGUCAACCACAGGGAUUGUGGCACUUAGCUGUCUGGGCCUUAAUAAGGAAUUCUGCCUCAGCAAACACAGGAUUCUUUUUUGCUGCCUCCACUAGGUUGUGAGUUAAAGGUGCAUUUGCCCGGUGAACACCCAGAUCCUCUAUUUCUCUGUCUCAUGAGACUUCUCUCCAAACUAAGAAUCACUUGGGUAUAGGGUUAUUCACUUUCAGGUGGGUCUUUCCCUACCAUCUGAACCAAAUAUACCAAUUUCAGGGGGGAAUUAUUUGAAUAAUGAAUGGCACAAAUUACAUAGUAAAAUGAGCACUGACCAUAAUUCUCUCUAUAUAUUUGUACUAUGUUGAAACCCUUGACCCAAAUAGGUCAGGCUAGCCAGAUCUCAUCAGAUCUUGGCAGCUAAGCAGGGUCAGCUGUGGUUAGUAUUUGGAUGGGAGACCAUCAAGGAAUACCAGUGUGGCUAUACAGGUAGAGAGGCAAGCCACCUAUGAACGCCACUUGCCUUAAUCUUGCGUAUUCUCACUGUGUGCUCUGAUCUCAUCAGCACUGUUUUAGACAAAUGACAGCAGUGUUCCACAAGCAAUCUAUAGGCCAAACUCCUUACCUGAAAUGCUUUUCAUGAUGCAUCUUGCUUCUGUAACUGCUGGCAAUGGAAGUGAAAGAAUGCGUUCCCCUGGCUAAGUAAGGUUUUUAAACUGUUGCAAUUAAAUUGCUGCUGUUGUGAAGGACUCAACUAAAGUGCCUGGACCUCUUACAAGAGCAGGAAACCAAAGUUUCAUUCGUUUCCUAAAAAUAAGAUUGUGGUUCUUGAUCAUGUCAUCUAAAUGUAUAUGUAAAUAUACAGUUAUUUUGUAUAUGAUGAAUACAGUUCUCAAUGAUGAAGAUAAGUUAAAAGAAAAUGCUGUUCAAACCA